AUAUUGGUAACUUGUUUUAACAACUUCUCAACAUUACCUAUAAGUUGACACAACAUACACACCCCCUCUUUCUCUUGGACAUAUGCUGGACACAUAGGACAUAUACACGGCACCCACAAUUCCCCUCCCCCAUGACAAUCACACAGACACACCCAACCCAUGGUUGGACCUCAGGACAAAGAACUCUCAGGAACCAAUGGAACGUGGACACCAGGCCUGAUCAGGACUACCCAAGACCCAGAUCGACCAAUCGGAAGGCCGGACUCGCAGAUCUACCUACUUUGCUUGUUGUCUAUAUAGUACUGAACAAUUCUGGAAACUCCCUCUUUUCCGGACGAUUCACUAGGAGUCAGACUGAAAGAGCCUUGCUGCAAGAUUUUACUAAGAUAUCUUUACAUGUAAUUAAACUGCCUUAUUAUAAAAUUAUCCACCUCGUCCUAUUGUCUCCUCUUGUUCUCCUGUCAACAGUAAACGUUACACUAACAAACUUGGAAGCAGAGGAUGGUCAAAACAUAUUUGUAUACGGCCCAAUAGAAAAUCCAUCGGACAGGAGACGAGAGGGAGAAAUUUAUCCAGAGGAGAGGUGACCUUUUCGAGGGAGAAUCGCGAUUCAACACACACAGGAAACUGAUCAAAGAGCUCGAAACUAAAGAGGUGAGCAGAUGCCCGUUUGACCAAAAUCUGUAUAUUGUAUUAUAGCCAAUAUCUAAAUUCAAUGAUCAGGAGUACUGUGGUGAGUGAAUUGUUGCUAAAUUUAUGUGGAAUUGUUUAGAAUUUAAGGCAUUGUGUACAGAUAUCUAAGUAUUAAUAGGUCAAAGACUUAUUCACAUAGUCUGGCACUACGCGGUAUGCUGAUCGAGUAGGUGUACAGUGAAGAAUAAGCUUUAUAACGAUUCACAUAGUCGGGCCAUAUUUGACAGUCGAUCAGGUAGGGGUUACCGUGAAGAAUCCAUAAUUAAAAGAUGGGAUCCAAAUAGCCGGGCAGUAGUUAGAUUUGGCAAAUCAGCUAGGUGUUACCGUGAAGACCCAUAAAAAAAAAAUAAAAAAAAAUAUAUAACGAUUCACACAGUCGGGCCAUAUCUGGCAGUCGAUCAGAUAGGGGUACCGUGAAGAAUCCAUAAUUAAUCUAAUGUGGUUUCAAAUAGUCGUGCAGUAGCUAUACUUAGCUAGGUGUUACGUGAGAAAUCUAAUGUGGUUUCAAAUAGUCGUGCAGUAGCUAUACUUAGCUAGGUGUUACGUGAGAAAUCUAAUGUGUUUUCAAAUAGUCGUGCAGUAGCUAUACUUAGCUAGGUGUUACGUGAGAAAUCUAAUGUGAUAUUGCAUGUGUAAAUUGUGUUGUCGCAAUGUGGGGGAUUGAACGUUCCACGAGACCAAUUGCUACUAACUAGCCAUAUGCUAGUUGAGGCUGUGCUAAAGUGACCGCCGUGUCGAUGUGUAUAUAUUGCUGUGAAGCAACUAUUUUCUGCUGAUGAGUUGACCGGAUUUUUCCCUCUCCUGCUGUUGAUAAAUCCCUAAGGGUGAGAAUCAAUUUGAAAAUUAUUAUAGAAGCGCGUGAAUUACUAGUAUAUUGUCCCUAAAGGAAAUUUCUGAAAUGUUUUGGCAAAGUAUUUAAUUAAUCGGAAAAAGUUCAAAUUAAAUCGGAAAAGUUAAUAGAAAUAAUAUCUUUCGAAUUAUAUAUCAUAUAAUUGCCAUUCCAAUUAUAUCAGGAGCGCCUGAAUUACUAGUAUAUUGUCCCCAAAGGAAACUUCUGAAAUAUUUUGCCAAAGUAUUUAAUUAAUUAAAUUAGCGAAAAGCAAUAAUGUUGUUUUUUUAUUAAAAGUACCUAAAACUGUCAUUCCAAUUAUAACAGGAGCGCGUGAAUAUAUUCGUAUAUUGUUUCAAAGAGAAUAUAGCUGAUAUAUUGUUGGAAAACGAAAAUAAUCCAUCGAAUACACGGCAAUAAAAUCCUUUGUCCACACGAGUCGGACACGAGACUGAGGGAAGAGAGGGGAAGAAAAAUACAUCGCUGGUUUCGAUCAGUGACGGGCUAAAGUAUACAAAGAUAAUAAUAGACCCAGACAUAGCUUAACGACAAAAUGACCACGACUAUCGUCCCCAAACACAAAUUCAACGAAUAUUUAGAUCAGAGAAUAAAAGACAGAGCAGGCGGGAAAUUACACUACAAACCCGUUAAAAAGAUUUGGGAGGAAGUAAGGGAUAGGAUGGACUCAAACAGGUUUUCUUAGGGCAACUCCUCAUUAUGGAGAAAGAAUUGGAGGAAGCAGUGAAGCAAGGGAUAGAAUGUGAAGUUGAUAAGAAUAAGAGUCACUUAUAAAAAAAAAAAAAAAAAAGAAGGGACAAAGCAAAGGGAAAAGGCACAGGCUGAGAUGAGAAUAGGUUUAUGGGCAAUUGAGGAAAUUAGGAAAGCUCUCCCUUACCGGAAACCUGAUACGAUGGGAGUGGUCACUGGAGCACCAACUGACACCAAAGAGGGCAGGCCCAAUAAUAAUGAUGGCCCACCUACCACCACAGCAACCCCAUCGGCCCCCACCCAUCUAUACCCAGAACUGCCACAGGGAGAGAAAAAAGCACCACCUCCCUAUUUUCAAAAUCCAUUCACUCAGCAAUCACCUUCCCCCUUCCAGGGCAUGUCUGACGAAUAUGCUCCAUGGCCCUGAAGCUGCUCACCACUAACCUACACUCAUCAUUGACCUGGACUACUGAAGCAUCAAAGGCUUUUGCACUCUUGAAAACAGAUCUCUAAGUGGCAGUAGCCUUAACAGCACCUGACUAAAAAAAAACAAGUUCCAUCUGGAUGUUUCUGAAAAGGAGGGAUUUACAUCAUCCAUCCUUUUCCAGAACCUAGAGGGGGAGAGAAGAGUGUUGAGGUAUCACUCCUCCAAACUGGACUACAUUGAAGAAGGACAAACCACAUGUUCCAGGUAUGUGGCUGCAGUGGCAAAAGCUAUUGGAAAAACAGCCCACAUGAUAAUGUGCCAUCCAUUGGAAAUCCACACCCACCAUGGGGUUGCAGCAUAUCUGAUGAGCAAAGAAUUCACGUUCAGCGCUGAAAGGAAAACGAAAAUCCAGAAUAAAUGCACACAAUCACACAUCACAUUUGUCAACACUGACAAAAACAUGGCAGACGCACUCAAUGCUGAAGGUCUACCCCACUCCUGUGCAGAAAGAGCUGCACAGGAACUGAAACGGAGACCUGACCUGGGGAAUGAACCACUCACCAACACACACAGAUAUGAGGAAAGACAAUGUGACUAAUGGAAAAAGGUACCUGUUAGUUAUGGUAGACAGGUUCUCUAAAUGGGUUGAGGCAAUACCAACAGCAGGGGAGGAUGCAAAAUAGGUCAUUAAGUGGCUGCAAACCAAACUCAUGUGUGUUGUUUAAUGACAAACGCUCCAUGUACCAAUAGGGUCGGAUGUGUAAAUGUCAACUGAUUAAUGUGUAUUGUGUAAUGACAAACGCUCCAUGUACCAAUAGGGUCGGAUGUGUAAAUGUCAACUGAUUAAUGUGUAUUGUGUAAUGACAAACGCUCCAUGUACCAAUAGGGUCGGAUGUGUAAAUGUCAACUGAUUAAUGGAUGUUGUUUAAUGAUGGGGUUAGUGUACAGGCCACAAUCUCAUAAGUCUCGUGGAACGCGCCAAUCAAAUGUAUGUGCAGGUUUGAAGUUGAUUUGGGUUGAAGUCCUGCCCCUGGCGUUGCUGGCCAUGAUAGCCUCUCCAGGUGCAGGCACCCAUCUCUCUCCUCAUGAGACAAUGGCUGGAGGAGUCAUGCUUGGUCCACCAAGGAAGGGAGGUCAUAUGCCCGCCCUUGAUGUACAACAAAUUGUAAUGUUUGAUAAUUGACGGAACAUUCUGCAGCUCUCUCCACACAGAUUCAUAAGGUCCAACGGGGAAGCAGAAGGGAGAUCUGGCACACGGAAGUUAAAAUUGGUGACUGGGUGGGGUUAAUGUCCACAAGAGAAAGUGGCUAGAACCCAGGUGGAAUGGACAGUACGAAGUGAGGGAGGUUACUUCACACUCAGUCCAGGUCAAAGGUAAAUCAGGCGCACCUUGGCACCACCUCACACAUUGCACUCCAGCCCCAAUCCCUUCUAGAACACUGACAGAAGUCAGAGCUGAUUUAAACAGCUUAAAUUCGAUUCCAAAUGAAGACAUUCCUGACACAGGUGAUGCGGUAUCAAACUCCGCCUCCCCUGAUAAAGGAACCUCGCCCAGUUAGAGGGAUAUUUCUCCCUCCCUGGGCAAGGCUAGGGAUAUCUGGCCCCUUAUUUGACAUUUGGGGUGUCCCUGGGCACUUUCACAUGGUUAAUAGAAUAAACUAUAACCGGAUCCCCAUGGAUGUAUGUCACGGACACUCUAGUCUAACUAGGUAAUAAUAGAUUAAAAAAUUAAAAAAAUCAAAAAUUUAGAAAACAAUAGUUAAAAUAAGAAACUAAUAUGGCUCAAAUUGAGAAGGUUGAAUGAGAGUGGGUGGAGAGCUAUGCAGAGAAUGGACAGAAGAUGGCAGUAUUGUAGCACCCAAAUGGUCUCCCAGCCGACUGGUUGAAUGCUGGUGACAUAAUUUUGUUUUUUGGAGUAAACAUUAAGGUUAAGGGUUUCCGUGUACCCAGAGAUAAGAUAUCUUAAAAGAAUACACUCAUAUGGGAAUAGGAGUUUUACUUUCUGAGUUUUAUUUAGGCAAGGGACUUUGAGAAGAUAAAGGGUUCUUUUGGUAUGUUUAGAUAUGGAACACGAAUGUAGGUGUAACAUUUUGACCUGUUUUCUGUUUCCAUUGCAUUUUCCGGCGACUUGAUCACUCGCGGGGAAAUGUGGUGAGAAUAAUGAGAUUGUGUCAUUUGGGAUACUAGUUUUGAGGUAAAUUGAUUAUAAUAGAGUUUAUAACUCUUGACCAUAAGGUAAGCAUUUGUAUUGGCCAUUAGAAGAUAGAGAUAGGUUAAUUAAGGUUAUGUUAGGACUUUAAAGAUUGACACUAUAAGACCUGUUGUUAUUUUUAAAUCCAUGCAGAUAAAGUCAAAACAGUGAAACACUUAGUUAAUAUUGUAAAGGAACACAUAGAAAAAGGCAGACAGAUGGGUCUACCCCGCACUGUUCAGACCUUGAAGGUUUGAGAGCAGAGUGGGGAGGGUGGACCAGGAAAUGAGCAAGGUAGGCUGUGAAAUAAGAUAGGAGAAAGGGGUUAACAUAUAUAAGCAGCACAGAUACAUUUCAAAGUAGAUAAGUCACUUGACAGAGAAUUGGAAAAGAAUAGAUAUGAUGUACGCCGAAGGGAGAAUUGGAUAUGCGGGGAAUAAAAGGGACGUUCCUAGAAUAUGAUGUACUAAGUUAUUAUUUAGAGUAGGUAAGGUUGAUACCUGGCCAGAGCCAGGUAUCAAACGAAGGAGGGUACAUUGUGGACUAGGAAAGGAUGGGGCCUAUUGGAUAAUAAACUUAUUUAAAAUUAAACAUUUAUAGCUAAAAAAUUAGGCAUAGAAGUUAAAUAUAUAAUCAGAAAGAACAAAUGAGGAACUGUUUGCUAACCAGACCUGUAUGUCCAAGAGUUUAUACAUUGCAGGUGAAUUAAGGGAGAAGGUGAAUCACUCGACCUGGGGGCAUAUCGGACUUGGAGGGUGAGACACACUGACACUGCCGAAUGAUCACAGAGUUAAGGAGAAGAACUGUUGCUAAUAAAGCUCAGGGGUCAACUCCUUAAUGAAGAAUUCCCUGACCCCGACCUUUCCUCACUGUGUUCGUUCAUAGAAGUGAAAGUGUUGCUUGAUCUCUGGCUGAUGAUGUGUUCUCUGGGAGAGGGUGGGGUUUUACAGGACUGCUUGUAGUCCUGAGCUGUCUGAUCAGGAUACGAUGGGGAUGAUACCAUCGCAGUACUGCCGGAACCACCACCAGUUCCAACGGACCAGGGUUCAGCCGGCCUCCUCCACCACUUCAAGACCAAGUCCCACGCCAUCACCUAAGCUCUCCAAUCUGGUACAGAUAAUAAAUAUAAAAGACAUCUCAGAUAGUGAACAUUUGGGGACUGAAACUGAGUAUGAGGAAAGGGAGAAUAUGUGGUUGACCUACAAAACACUUAAUAGAAAGGACUGUGUCGUAUGUGGACAUGCCAGACCUAUUCUGGCUGCUCACCCAUUUGUCCUAAGUAAUGGGGAAGGUUGGAUGUGCAUAUUGGAAAAGUUCGAGCCAAAUUCAACCCUGUGUAAAACUCUGAGUCUUGUGUUCCCAGUGGUCCCUCCCCAGAAGGUACCGUGGGGAGUUAAGGCAUAUGGGGGAUAUAACAGCUGUAUCCCUGGCACAGGUAGCGGUAUGGACUAUGGAGGGCUCCCUGCUACUACCUGCAUCACUAAUACCACUAGGAACUAGAGGUGUUGCUGAUGUAUGGUGGAUGUGUGGACCUGCCAGGCGGUUAACCCCAUUUUUGAAAGGAAAUUGUCGUUGCUCAUGUGGUUUGGCCAGUCUGAUACCACCGUUGCCUAUUAUUAUAGCUAAUCAACUUCUGGGAGCUACACAGGACACAGAGGCUUGGGACCAACCCAGGAGACGGCAGAAACGUGACGCUCCUUGGUCCGAGGGUACAGAUAACAUGCACACCAACCUGUUGGGGGUCCGAAUAGGGGUCCCCCACGAAUUCCAGACAUUAACCAGGAAUGAUGGCCUGUGGCAUCUGAUGCCCAUCAUUGGCCCAGCUAUUGUUGAUGUUAAAACAAAAGGUCUGGAUCAAUUAUAAACACACCCACACAGGACUUACAGGGAUGGCUGAACAAUUGGAUGCUGCCUCACAAACCAGUAGACACAAUAGACUAACACUGGACAUAAGUCUGGCCAACAAGGGAGGUGUAACAGUGUUGCACGUUUGUUCCUAACAAUACUAGUCCGGAUGGGAGCAUUUCAAAAGCUCUGAGUGGGUUGGCAAGGUUAACAGUGGAGAUGAAGGGUCUUGCAGGUGUGGAGGAGAGUGGACUGUUCCCCUGGCUGGGUGGUUGUUUUGGUAAGUACACUGCAAUGAUGAUUACUGGAUUUCUGACACUAGUUGUGGUUUUUCAUUUCUGUGUUGCCUGUAUCAUACCUUGUUUGAAGAAGUUUGUUACAGAUGUGUAAGGAGCCUCUAGUAUGAUGCCGUUGCUUGAUGCUCCAGUUGGAGAGGCUGAUACGAAAACGAGCUUCCGCAGGAGAGUGGGCUGACAGAGGAGGACCCUUGGUUUGCUGUAGUUGAUGUUGAAUGAAUAAAAAGUGAUGUUUGUCCUCCCUGUUGUGAAGGUUUGAAGUUCCCGGGUGGCGACGAGCCCACCUGGUACAGGUUGCAUAGAGGGAUGGACCUGAGGGUUUAACAUAUUCUCGUUUUUUGGUUUACUAAUGUGUGGUUGGCCACUCCAGGGGUAGUUAUUGGAGUGGUCUCCUUUUUGGUCCUUGCUCAUUUACGACUCAACUUACAUUGAUGCUAUUGGUCUCCCUAGGGGGUGCCAGAUGAAUAUAAACUGGCGGACCAAGUGACAGCUGGGUUUGAAUCAUCAUUUUGUUGGUGGUGUACAGUUAAUAAAAAUGUGGACAGAAUUAACUACAUUCAUUUUAAUGUCCAGAAACUGGGCAAUUGGACUCAACAAGGCUUCGAGGCGGUCCAUGGACAAUUGGCAGCUACGUCCUUGAUGGCAUUUCAAAAUAGAAUCGCGGUUGAUAUGUUAUUGGCUGAACGGGGGGGGGGGGUCUGUGCAAUGUUUGGUGCACAGUGUUGUACCUUCAUUCCCAAUAACACAGCUACGGAUAGGAGUCUGACUGUAGCAUUGGAGGGACUUCGUACCCUUAAUGGUAAGAUGAAACAGCAUUCUGGAGUGGACACUACUAUGUGGGACUCAUGGAUGGAUGCCUUUGGUAAAUAUAAGACGCUGGUUUCCUCUAUCCUAGUAUCAAUUUCUGUUUUUGCGGCCAUUCUUGUAAUAACUGCAGCCAUAGACCCUAAUCAGGAAAGGGCCCAAAUGUUCCCAUUGCUUGAGGAUGGGGAGGCUGGACCUGUCUAUCUAUUUGAGGACUAAGAUACUAUUAUGUCACGUCUCUUGUGAGACGUGAAGAGAGGGAAUCAAAAAUUUGUCUUCUGACAAAUUUUAUCCCUUAGCUUUGUCUUUUUAUACUUUUAUGUCACGUCUCUUGUGAGACGUGAAGAGAGGGAAUCAAAAAUUUGUCUUCUGACAAAUUUUAUCCCUUAGCUUUGUCUUUCCAUACUUUUAUGUCACGUCUCUUGUGAGACGUGAAGAGAGGGAAUCAAAAAUUUGUCUUCUGACAAAUUUUAUCCCUUAGCUUUGUCUUUCCAUACUUUUAUGUCACGUCUCUUGUGAGACGUGAAGAGAGGGAAUUAAAAAUUUGUCUUCUGACAAAUUUUAUCCUUUAGUUUUGUCUUUUAUAUACUUUUAUGUCACGUCUCUUGUGAGACGUGAAGAGGGGGAUUUGUAAGAAAUUGUAUUAGAUAUUGGUAACUUGUUUUAACAACUUCUCAACAUUACCUAUAAGUUGACACAACAUACACACCCCCUCUUUCUCUUGGACAUAUGCUGGACACAUAGGACAUAUACACGGCACCCACAAUUCCCCUCCCCCAUGACAAUCACACAGACACACCCAACCCAUGGUUGGACCUCAGGACAAAGAACUCUCAGGAACCAAUGGAACGUGGACACCAGGCCUGAUCAGGACUACCCAAGACCCAGAUCGACCAAUCGGAAGGCCGGACUCGCAGAUCUACCUACUUUGCUUGUUGUCUAUAUAGUACUGAACAAUUCUGGAAACUCCCUCUUUUCCGGACGAUUCACUAGGAGUCAGACUGAAAGAGCCUUGCUGCAAGAUUUUACUAAGAUAUCUUUACAUGUAAUUAAACUGCCUUAUUAUAAAAUUAUCCACCUCGUCCUAUUGUCUCCUCUUGUUCUCCUGUCAACAGUAAACGUUACACUAACACUCAAGACCUUUUCGCUGUUUCUUUGUAGCUUUUUAGCUAAGCCUAACCCUUUUCCUAACCUUAACCUGCUGCUAGUGUUAGGAUUUAUGUUUAUGCACUAUAGCCUGCUACCAUAUUGUAUGAAGAUGAAUAUUGUUUUGUUACACACACACAAACAAUACGGAUGUAUGUGUGUAAAGACUGACCAACAUUGAGUGACAGGCCAUAAAAGCUGUGGUCAAUCUGGAGAGGGGAGGGGUGCAUAUCUCUAGGCCAACCAGGGAGGUUAGAGCACUGAUCAAUACCAAAUAAGGGACUGUUUGAGUGUAGAAUCGGGGGAGACACAAGACGGAUCUAAUCUACCCAGCAACCAGAUGUGGACAGAGGAGAGCACUAAGGGACUUAGACAAGUCCGAGUGCCAGCAAAGGCGGAGCAAAGUUUAAACCGCGCUCAGCCUCUACUAUGAUAGGCCAACGGACGAGUUGGAACUAAAGCUGUCAUAGUAUAAGAACUGCUGUUUGAGUACAUUCCACAGUUCCCUGUUUUUACCCUGCGCGGUGAUACAGCGAACCCGUAUAUACGAAAAUUGCAUUUGCCAUUUAUUGUUUGCGUUAAUGAAACAUAAUUAAAGAAAGUUAGCAGACCUUGCUUUUUAUUUAUCUGAUACCGGAUUUGUUACACGCAGCCCUCACACUAGGUUAGUUCUCCUAACUUUCCACUUUAAUUCUCCUAACCUGCCACGUUACUUAUUCUGACCUGCCACGUUGCUUUUGAUAAGCAAACAUUGACCGUUAGAGGAGUGAUUUUCUUUUCCUCCUCAAGGUACUAGCUAGCUGGCCAGUUGGUCCUGCGACCAAGUCAACGGCUGUCACUAGUUAGCACAGCCACAAAGUCGUAAAAAUUCAUGUAAUCUAAUAUGUUGUUCUUAAUUUAAGAUUACGGUUAAAAAUCUGAUUUUAGAAGAUAAAUUGUAGAAAUAGGCGGGAUUUAACCAUAAUUAUGACUUUGUUACUGUAGGAACUAGUGACGACACAAGUGGUCAACGGUCAGGUUGACCACCAUAACAUCAAGUAUCGAGAGCAGCACUCAGCAGGCCGCAGAGAUGGACAGCACACAGGACGGACCGGAUAUUGUCACCAAACCCAUCAUAAUUCUGGGCACUGCUACCAGAGACAGAAGGUUUCUGCACUGGGUAGGCCAAGUGCUGAAGCUGAAGUGGCUGAAGAACAAGAGCCAAGAAGAGGUCAAAGUGAUGAUCGGGGAGCUGCUGCCCUCUUUCGCCUGUGGAUGUGUGGAGAACAAUGACUUCCUCUCCCUGCAGGAGAUCCUGGAGAGGAUGGAUGUGAACUGUGGGGACUACGACGGCACCACCCCCCUCCACAAGGCCUGUGAGAAGGGCAGGCUGGAUAUGGUCAAGUACCUGAUGGGUAAAGGAGCCAGCACCCAGCUCAAAGACCGCUUUGGAUACACACCGCUUCACCUGGCCAUCAAGAAUAGGCACUUUGACAUCAUUCGCAUCCUGCAUCUGAAGGGAGCCCCUCUGUCUUUGGAGCUUGUGAGGAUCGGGCUGGAGCUGAUCAAGGUUGUCCAGAACAAGGACUACCAGCUGUUGCAAGCCUGGUACCUGUCUGGCGUGAACCUGGACCAGAGUGACUAUAACGGCCGUACAGCACUGCACAUUGCAGUCAGGCUGAGGGAGAGGACCAUGGUGUCCAGGCUGCUGGAGUACGGAGCCACCCCUCUGGAACGUGACAUCUGGGGUUGGACUGCGGUGGAUGAGGCCCAGCACAACAACCUGCCCAGCAUCCUGAAGCUGUUCCACUCCUUCACUUAGCAGGUCCCCAAACAGGCCUACCUGCUGCACCUGGCCAACAGGAUGAUCUGACCACUUCCAGUGAACACCCCCCUCAGGAAAGUCAUCCUUUUUAAUCCAGCCAAUAACCCUAGACAGAGGUCAUUCAGUGUACAUUGUUUAAGUCAUACUUUCGGCAAAAGGUGUUAUCGUACAAUGCUUUGCCUAUUGAUAAAGGAUUAUACUAACAA